GUUUCUCUCUCAGAUUGAAAAAACAAAAAAUGGUGGCAGAAGGCAAAAUGAAAUAUACGCGUUUUGGCAACACGGGCAUGCGGGUAUCACGCUUUUGUCUUGGUUGCAUGACCUAUGGCAAUUCCAAGUGGGAAAAAUGGGUCAAGGAGGAAGAAGAGUCGUUGGAACUCAUCGGCAAGGCGUAUAAAGCGGGUAUCAACUUCUUCGAUACCGCCGAGGCUUACUCGAAUGGCGAUAGUGAACGUUUACUUGGCAAGGCCAUCAAGAAAUUUAACAUGCCGCGCAGCCGUAUUGUGGUGGCGACCAAGGUGUUCUUCGGUAUUUCGUCUGAACCCGACGUUAAUUUGUGCGGUACAAAACCGUUGGAUGAUCCGGACAUGGUCAACGGUUUUGGUUUGUCCCGAAAACACAUCUUUGACGCCAUCGAGGGUUCCUUGGAGCGCCUGGGUUUAGAUUAUGUUGAUCUUUAUCAAAUCCAUCGAUUUGAUUAUGAUACACCGCUGGAGGAAACGAUGGAAGCACUUCAUGAUUUGGUGCGCCUGGGCAAGGUGCGCUAUAUUGGUGCUAGUUCCAUGCAUGCUUGGCAAUUCCAGAAAGCCAACAAUAUUGCUGAGAAGCAUGGGUGGACCAAGUUCGUAAGCAUGCAAAAUCUGUACAAUCUGGUUUACCGUGAGGAUGAACGUGAAAUGGUGCCGUAUUGUGUGGACCAGGGAAUCGCGCAAAUUCCAUGGUCACCCCUGGCUCAAGGCAUUUUGGCCGGAAAGAACCGGAAGUCGGUUCGUUACGACACCGAUUUCUUUGUACAUGCUUUCUUUUCCAAGAAUAACGAAGAUGUGGUGGAUCGUGUCGUUGAAGUCGCCAAUAAGAGGGGCAUCUCGCCGGCUCGAGUUGCUCUUGCUUGGGUUCUUUCCAAACCAUAUAUUACUGCGCCGAUUAUUGGUGUGGGUAAAGAAGAACACUUGGCUGAUUUACUGGGAUCACUUGAACUCGAAUUGACAGAGGAGGAAGUGCACAAGCUUGAAGAAGCUUACAUUCCCAGACCGCUUAUCCCCAUGUAAAUAAAUAUCAUCACUUGGCGUUUGUUUACGUAGCUUCGACCCAAUAUAAUAAAUUUUAUUGAUUACGGAUACACAAGC